AUGAUUGUGAAUGGAGUAACUCCGCAUCAUGACCCAACUGACUCUGAGUCAGGAUGGAAGGAAAAGAACAUGGAAGAGGACCAGGUUUCUCCUCAAUACCAGGAUGCCUUUGGUAACGAGGAAGGUGCAGAGGUCAAAUAUAAGACCAUGAAGUGGUGGCAAACCGGAAUGUUUAUGAUUGCCGAAUCUGUCUCUCUCGGUGUUUUAUCCCUGCCAAAGACUCUCGCCGAGCUGGGUCUCGCUCCUGCUCUUGUCCUCAUUAUUGGACUGGGCAUUCUCGCGACUUAUACCGGUUACACGAUCCAUCAAUUCCGCGCCCGAUAUCCCCAUAUUCAGAACUUGGCCGACGCUGGUGAGGUCUUGUUUGGUGCUUUUGGACGUGAGCUAUUUGGUCUGGGCCAACUCCUUUUCUCGAUUUUUAUCAUGGGUAGUCACAUUUUGACUUUCAGUGUCAUGAUGAACACUGUUACCGAACACGGUACCUGCACCAUGGUUUUUACGACUGUUGGAUUCGUGAUCUGUUUCGUGUGUUCUCUACCACGGACUAUGAAGAAUAUGACUUAUAUCUCGUGCAUGUCGUUCGUCAGUAUUUUGACUGCCGUGUUGAUCACUAUGAUUGGAGUCGGCGUUCAGAACAAGGGCGGAGUUGACCUCAAAGCCACCAUUGACACUGAUUUAUUCCGCGCUUUCAGCGCAGUCACCAACAUUGUCUUUGCCUACUGCGCUCAUGUCGCUUUCUUCGGUCUCCUUGCGGAGAUGGAGGAGCCCAGAGAUUUCCCUAAGGCUCUUGUUAUGCUACAGACAUUUGAGAUCGUCUUUUACACCGUGGCUGCGAUUGUCAUCUAUUACUAUGUUGGCCAGGAUGUCGCAUCUCCUGCCCUGACAUCUGCCGGUCCCGUGUUGAAGAAGGUUGCUUACGGAAUUGCCAUCCCAACCAUUAUUGGCGCUGGUGUCGUGAACGGCCACAUCGGUCUCAAGUAUAUCUAUGUCCGCCUCUUCCGUGGAACCGACCGCAUGCACAAGCGUGAUUUGACGGCUGUCGGAUCCUGGGUUGCCAUCGCACUCGCCUGCUGGGUUAUCGCUUGGAUCAUUGCGGACGCUAUUCCCGUCUUCAGCGACCUCCUUUCUUUGAUCAGCUCUCUGUUUGCUAGUUGGUUCAGUUACGGUCUUGGUGGUGUUUACUGGCUGCACAUCAACAAGGGAAAAUGGUUCUCUUCGCCUAGGAAGAUUUUCCUUACUGUGGUCAAUGUUCUCAUCAUUCUGAUUGGUGGCUGCAUGUGUGGUCUUGGUCUCUAUGUUUCUGGCAAGGCUAUCCAUGACGAUGCUUCCAGCAACAGCUUCUCUUGCGCUAGCAACGCUUAA